CUAGAUGUUGCUCCUAAGCAGUUCUUGAGCUACUGAAUAUUGUGUUGAACUAGGAGAGAAAUUUGUCAAUUCUUCCGUCUUACUACUUUCAGACUCACAGGCUCUUCUGCUUUAUUCACCCCUAAUAUACAAGGAAGAGUCUAGAGUGAAUCUGUAUCAGAAGGACAAAGAUCUGGAAGAAGUUUUAUACUACAUUCAAGAUGACAAGUGAAGCAGUUCAGAUAGCCUCAAUGCAGACACCUGAAAAAGAUUCCGUGUGUCCAGGCAACGAUACUGGAGGCUGCUGCCAGAAAAAAAGGAAAUACCAAAAUAAAGCAGAUGUUGUGUCCUGUAUGGUUAUCUCAAGGUUUUGCAAGUCAUUCUGUUAUGUGCUUCUUGGCAGCAGGAAUGUAAACUAAUUCUUUGAGCACUGAACUAGAACCUUGACAAGGUUGCAACUACAGCACUGACUUAUUAAAAAUGACUGGCCCGUUGAGUGAAUCCUUCUGAGGAAGAGACAUUUUACAGUACACUUUUAUGACCUAAGCCCAAAAGAUUGAUGUUGGACCAUUCUCGUUAUAUGAAAAGAUAUGAUAUUGCCUUUGGGACUGUUGGCCAUCAAGAUUCAAUAUUGUAUAAACAUGGGUGCAUUUUUGGAUAAACCAAAAACUGAAAAACAUAAUGCUCAUGGUGCAGGGAAUGGCUUGCGUUAUGGCCUCAGCAGUAUGCAGGGAUGGAGAGUGGAAAUGGAAGAUGCUCACACAGCUGUUGUAGGUAUUCCCCAGGGCUUAGAGGACUGGUCUUUUUUUGCUGUCUAUGAUGGUCACGCAGGAUCUCGUGUUGCAAAUUAUUGCUCCGCACACUUACUAGAACACAUCACUAACAAUGAAGACUUUAGGGCAACAGAAAAAUCUGGAUCUGCUCUUGAACCUUCAGUGGAAAAUGUCAAGAGUGGAAUCAGAACUGGCUUUUUGAAAAUUGAUGAGUAUAUGCGCAAUUUCUCAGACCUCAGAAAUGGGAUGGACAGAAGUGGCUCAACAGCAGUGGCAGUUUUGAUUUCACCUGAGCAUGUAUAUUUUAUCAAUUGUGGUGAUUCACGUGCUGUUCUCUAUAGGAAUGGACAAGUCUGUUUUUCAACACAGGAUCACAAACCUUGCAACCCAAGGGAGAAAGAACGAAUCCAGAAUGCAGGAGGCAGUGUAAUGAUUCAGCGUGUUAAUGGUUCAUUGGCAGUUUCUCGAGCUCUGGGGGACUAUGACUACAAAUGUGUUGACGGUAAAGGCCCUACAGAACAACUUGUUUCUCCAGAGCCUGAGGUUUGUGAAAUUUUAAGGGCAGAAGAAGACGAGUUUAUCAUCUUGGCUUGUGAUGGAAUCUGGGAUGUAAUGAGCAAUGAAGAGCUCUGUGAAUUUGUUAAGUCUAGACUUGAAGUAUCGGAUGACCUGGAAAAAGUGUGCAAUUGGGUAGUGGACACUUGUUUACAUAAGGGGAGUCGUGAUAACAUGAGUAUCGUACUAGUUUGUUUUUCAAAUGCUCCUAAGGUUUCAGAUGAGGCAGUGAAAAAAGAUGCUGAGUUGGAUAAGUACUUGGAAUCACGGGUUGAAGAAAUUAUGGAAAAAUCGGGUGAAGAAGGAAUGCCUGAUCUUGCUCAUGUUAUUCGUAUUUUAACUGCGGAGAAUAUCCCUAAUUUACCACCAGGAGGUGGUUUAGCUGGCAAGCGUAAUAUUAUUGAAGCUGUGUAUAGUAGGCUGAAUCCACACAGAGAGAAUGAGGGGGGUGCUGGAGAUCUAGAAGAUCCGUGGUAGCCUUACAAAUCUGCUAAAAUGCUUUUGAUUCUGAAAGGGGGAAAAAACUUUUAGAUCUGUUUUCUUCAAUACAAGGGAAAAAUUCUGGUGGAUUUCCAACAUUUUGUGAAAUGGGCAGAAAGAUAUUAGAAUUCUCCAUCAUUUGUUCAUUUUUGUGUUUUCUGAUAUUGCCACUCUUAGCAUUGCCUGUACUACAGUAUUUUUACCAGCCUCAGGCACACUGAUUACAUCUGUAAUGAACUUUGGCCCUAAAAAGGAAGGAAGGAAGGAAUGAUUCUCUCAGCAGAUGGGUACAUGCACCUGAGGUGCACAGGAUUGUGGGUGUACUCUGAAGAUACACUAUGGCUAAAUGAGAUGUGCAACACACAAGCAUGAGAGAGAACAAGUAAUUGUUUGAGACAUGACUUAUUUCACUUUACCAAGUUGGAAGGCUUUGCAGCUCUGUGGCUUGGAAGUAAUUUCAAUUGGGCAAUACGCUAUCAGAUGUGUAUUUUUAUUUUUGUUUUUUUAUUUUCCAGUUUUACCUGUAUUACCAGACCGUUAGGUUUCCCUGCGGUGUCCAAAUUGUGAUACGUUGCCUACUGCUUGCUUCAAGAUAAGUGUAUUUGGCAAUAAUAUAUGAAGAUUCUAGGCAUCUAAAACCAGUAAGAAUUUUACGCAUGUGUACAACACACCCUUAAACUCUUGCUAGAGGAAGAUCUUUUAAAAAACCAAACUGAUAAAUUUAUAGUUAGUAGUGACUUGCUUUGACAUCUCUCACAGCUGCAGGUUUUUUAAGAAAAAAAAAUUUGCUGAAAAUUUGCCUUUAUUAUAAUGUAAAUUGUGAUUAUUUUUUGUUCUAUAUGUGGUUUUCUAUAGUUUUUGAUUUUUUUUUCAGCUUAAGAUACAGACAGAAGUCGUGUAAUAUGGGUAUAAUUUUUAAUUGUUUGCAUUAUUUUCAAAGUUCAAAUUAUCACUUUGAGAUUACUAUAAAUACACUUAAAAUUAUCUAUUUUAAAUUAAGAAAAUAUUAGAGAUAUUUUCAUGGGUUCAAUGACCUUUCAUUUUAUAAGCAAUGGGCAUGGUACAGAGUGGCUGUCAUGUAAGGUACUUGAAGAUUCUUAGUUUAAUUCUAUUUUUGCAAUAACCUUGACUUUUUUUCUGACUUUUGAGUUGUGCAUGUAAUGAGUCCAGUAAAUGCUGAAAAUGGGGAAGAGUAAAGUAUUUAUCUAAAAUAAAAGCUAUUGGGGAGGGGAAACAAUGAAUGUAUCCAUCUGUACAUGAUUUACAUGCUGUGGAUGCCUUGUAAACAUUUUCCUAUUUGUUUAAACUGUGUUUCAGCGAGGAUGUAAUUGCCCUUGUGUGUAGUUUUAAGCUAAUGACAGUCAUCAACUGGUUUUGUGUGAAAUGGAAUUCAUGGUAUUUUUCUGUAACUUUAUCCCCAUGGUGAGUCUGUAAAAACCACACGCUCUUUCAUACUGGUGCCGAAGGGCAGCUUUCCCAAUCAUUUUGAUUCACUGUGUAUCUUCUUUUCUUUUUUUUUUUCCCUUUUUUUUUCCUCUUUUUUUUUUUUUUUUUUUUUUUUUGGUCUGGAGAGCAUUAUUGCCACAGUAUAUUUUAUUUAUUCAUUAGAUUUUAGCGUUGUAAGUUAAAGUGUUCUAAAUGAUGAUGUUAACAGGUAUUUGUCCCUUUACUGGUUUUUUUGGGGUUGUUAAAAGAUAGGGAAUGAAGAAUGCAAAAUGGUUUAUUGUUCAGACUGUCCGCUCUGGUCCAACCCUGUACUGAUAGUACCUUCCCAGUAUGAUAUUGUGAUGUUUCAUACAAUACAGUGAACAUAACCAACUUGUUAUCUUCAAUAAAGGAUUGCUAAAACAGUG